AUGACUACCGCGGACAUACAUCCUCUACCUACCACUCCCAACCAAGUAACAGCGUCUUGGCUCAGCAAAGUCCUUGGACAUGACAUCAAAUCUGCCGAACUCACUCAAAGUGUCCUGAACGCCACAGCCAGCAAACUAUUUAUCACAAUCGAGUACCUAGACGACAAUGAUGAGUUGGACCGACCAAAGCAUGUUUGUCUCAAAGGAGGUUUCAACCCUGCGAUGAUGGCGGCAGAGGGAUACCGAGACAUGCUUAUAGCAGCAUACACGAACGAAGCCCGUUUCUUCAGCCUUGUCGCGCCGAAUUUGAGUCACAUCUCGCUUCCCAAGAUAUGGUGGGCAGGCGUUGAAGAAGGGCAGGGCAUUCUUGUCAUGGAGGAUUUGAACCAGUCUGGAUUCACAUUCGGAAACCCACAUGAUGUUUGGCCUGUCAAGAGACUUAAAGCUGGCGCCGAACAGCUCGCAGCGCUACAUGCCAGCACAUGGGGUUACUCCUCUGAGAAGUAUCCCUGGAUCACGCCUUCGUACGAAGGCAUGAUUAUGGCUCUCGCCGGGAUGUGGGACGAUCAAAUCUAUGGGGCUGAUCGACCUCCGUGCCCCGAUAUCAUCAAACAGUCCCGCGAGCGUACCGUGUCUGCGAUAAAGAAGCACUUCGCGACCAAGAACCCAAAGUUCAUCUCGCUGAUCCACGGAGAUCCGCAUACUGGCAACACAUAUUCCGACAAGGCCGGCAACCCACGCUUUCUUGACUGGCAAACCUUUCACAUCGGGUCCCCGUUUCACGAUCUGACUUAUUUCAUCGUCGGUGCUUUGACAGUGGAGGAUCGAAGGACGCAUGAGAUGGCAAUCGUUGAACAUUAUCUUGACGCUCUAGCCCGAUUUGGUGGUCCGUCACUCUCGAUCAAGGAUGAGGAGGUCAUGAAAGAGUAUUCGAAGUCAAUGAUGUCGGGAAUGGGCUGGAUCUUGACUCCCUAUGCUCUACAGCCUAAGGAGCGUGUCUUUGCCAUGUGCGAGCGCUAUGGUGCUGCAAUUGUCGAUCACAAGGCGAUAGAGAUUGUUGAAUCGUUGCCGGAUCACGACUAG